AAAUUCGCACAGCUGCGCAGUACUACAGCAUUUCUGUGUCUUUACCGCAGAAAUUACUAGUAAAAUUCUUACAUUCUUAUUGUAGGCAGUUGUUCUUUUCGUUAACAAAAUGGCGAGGCUUGCUGCAGUUAAAGAUUCUUUAGAUAAAGCUUUGCACGACGAGAGCAAACUUUGGACAAAGUAUCUUGCGAAAAUCGAGAAACAAACCGGGGUUAACAGGACCUAUCUCUUUUUAGGCUCUGCAGUGUUUUUGGGUAUUUACCUAGUGUUUGGUGUCGGGCAACAAUUAAUUUGCAAUAUCUUUGGAUUUGUAUACCCUGCAUAUUGCUCUAUGAAAGCUCUAGAGAGUCCAAGCAAAGAUGAUGACAAAAAAUGGUUAACAUAUUGGGUAGUUUUUGCAGUGUUCACAAUUGUUGAAUCUUUCUCAGAUUAUAUUCUAUGCUGGUUCCCAGUUUACUGGCUGUUCAAGUGCCUGUUUUACAUGUGGUUGAUGGUGCCCAUGGAUAAUAAUGGUUCGUUAGUUUUGUAUCGUGUCCUUAUUAGACCCACAUUCUUGCGAUAUCAUCACAAAGUUGAUCAGUUCAUUUCAGAAGCUCAAAACGCAGUUAAAGCUGCAUCAAAUGCUCUAUUGACAGAAAAACAGGAUUAAUGGAGCUUCGCAUGAUAUUGUAACUAUGCUAAAGUAUUGUUUGAUGAUAUCUUGGGUGAAAACAUUAUUUGAAUAAAAAUAUUUCUAUUACA